UAUGUUAUUUAAUCCUUUUCAUUUUCAUAUUGUGUGUCUCUUUAUAAUGAUGUUUUUAUCUCUACUAUAAGAUUAAUGGCACUGGACUUAAUCAAAGUAUAGAGAACUGAAACUCAUAGCAGUAGCACUGGCACUGGCAUUGACACACUUAAUCACUUCACAGUUCACAAUGUUUAUUUUUGCUUGAAGGUGGUCUGUUUUUUGCCAAGCAUGCAUGCACCUUGUUAGUUGUGGUUGUGGGCAGGCAGGCAGACAAUGCGUUCUGCAAGCAAUCCAUCUUUUUAUCUCCAUGCAGACUGAAACAAGCCUUUGCUUGCACCGAAAUUCUUCCAAGAUCCUUGCUAACCGGCAGUUAGCUCAGAGGUCGCAGGUGAGGAAGUUGCAGUACAUCUCCGAGCCCAAGCGCAACUGUCACAACACUGCAGGGUUCCGCAAAUGUUGGAAAAUAUGCAUUUAUCAGUGCAAUGCUAAGAACAAUGGCGUACAAGGACCCGGUGGCAGCGGCAGCUCAAAAAUACAAGCCAAUACAGUCUGCUGUUCCUAGAACAACCCUUGGCCCUAUUCAAAUUGAAGCAUUUUUAGGCGGAGGGAACCUGUGUUUGAUUGAAUUCUACACCAGUUCUUGGAAGAGAAAGCCUCACCAAGUCAUCAUCUCCAGGAACGAUGUUAGCGAAAGUCAAUUUAAUCUGGUGCUGAACAUUGAGUUGCAACAAAUCAUCGAUGGAGACUGAGUCACCGCAGCUAGAAACCACUAUCUCAAGGUGCUGAACAUUGAGUUGCAACAAAUCAUUGAUGGAGACCGAGUCACUGCAGCCAGAAACCAUUGUCUCAAUUUGAGGAGAUUUUUCAUCUAUGUUUGUUAGAAGGCAUAAUGCAUAUUUAUCUCUUGUAUUCGAACAUUUGGCAAUUAAGAAAUAGAAGAUUACUUCCCCAAUAUCCCUUCUUCCUAAUCUCACCUUUCACGGCUUCUGGGGAACAAUCACUUGCUAUUACUGACUGACAUGUCCACUCCUCAUAUGUGAGAUAUUGGGGUUGAUAUAUAUGUUGUUCGUUUCCAUGUAA